ACUAUUACCAUCAUCCAGCCGCAUUUACGUCUGCCGCGUAUGAGGCAAAGCUUUAGGAACCAUUUCAACGCUAUUUUUUCAACUUCUACUUUACUUCCCAAGCUGUUCUACGUAGCACCUCAAGUCCGACACCUCGAUAUUCCACACCUACUCGUUUCAUCCAAAGGGCAAAGACGCCACAAUCAUUCUACAAUGGCUGACUCUGCAACCAAUCAGUUAGAUCACUUAGAUCUUCAAGAUAGAGUCGAGGCAAAAUCAAAUAGACGCGGCGGACGCGGAGCAGGCCAAGGACGAGGAGGCGCGAGGGGUAGCCAAGGGCGAGAGGUCCAAGUCUCCAAAGCUUUAUCAAAACUACUGCGACAUCAAGCUGAGAAUGCCGGCAUUAAGCUUGACGGCGAAGGAUAUGCUUCAUUAAACGAAGUGUUGGCUUGGGGCCCCAUCAGAUCCUUAAAGGUGACUCUAGACGAAGUCAAGAGUGUUGUGGCUACGAAUGAGAAGCAAAGAUUCGCAUUGAAAGAGAAGAACUCAUCAGCACAAGAUACAGAAGCGAUGCUCAGCACAAAUACUGUGGAUUACCUUAUUCGUGCCAACCAGGGCCACUCCAUCAAGGUCGAUGCCGCCGCUCUCAUGGAGCCGAUAACCCUCGAGCUGGGAAACAUCCCCCCCAAGGUCAUCCAUGGAACUUACUUUAUAUUCUGGAAAGAUAUUAUUUCCGGAGGAGGGCUGAAACCGAUGACGCGCAAUCAUGUCCACUGCUCAUCCGGCACGCCAGAGGAGGGUGCUAUUAGCGGUAUGCGAGCCGACGCCGAGCUCAUGAUUGAAAUCGAUGUCGAAAAGAGUCUUCAAGCUGGCGACAAGUGGUGGCUCAGUGCGAAUGGCGUCGUGCUGACUGAAGGUGGUGAGGAUGGUGUCCUGAGCAGCAGGUUCUUCAAAAGUGUAACUGGCCGGAAGAUUGACGUUGGAACACUCUGGCAGGAUGGCGAAGAAGUGGCAGAUCUACCUGAGGGCACUCAAAUGAGGAUGCCUUCUGGCAAGACGAGAGGCGGUGGUCGUGGAGGACACGGCCAACGCCGCAAAUAGUCACAUUGAUUGGGUUGAGACUCAAGAAAUACGAGUUUAUUAGACCAUAUACCAAUUGAAACUUAGCAAUCUCUAAUCUAGCCUUCGAAUAAGCCGUCCACUUGGCUUUGUCUUCUUAUGUCUUCCUCUGUAAGCCAGUGAUGAAGCUUAUAUGCAAUCUCUAGCUUGGUCUGCUUCUUGCCAAAUAUGCCAUUGACGGUAGUGAGGUCACGCGGCACAACGUCGCCGCUGUGAAAUAAUGCGUAGCCGUCAAAGAAUCUAAAUUGAUCUGGCCUCUCAACAAUGACAUAACCCGGGGUGCUAAAGCCCAGCCGAUGACAGAGCUUGUUAAUUCUCGUCAUUACAUCUGCGUCGUCAUCCAGCUCCGAAUCGUUGUUUGUAUGGCUAGUUCGUGGUGCUACCUGCGAUGGUGGCGAGGGAGAUAUCGGUGACAGCAUUUGUGAAUCUUGCGGCUGGGAGUCGACUGGAUGGUAGAACUGAGGAGGAGGUGGUGGAGGUAGUGGUGGAGGAGGGAAUAAGAAAGACACAGGUGGUGGUGGAAGCCCAACUGGUGAUGCGAUGGGGGUCGGUGAUGUCUGAACCACAGCCGGAGCUGCUGGAGUUGUGUUUGGGGGUUUAAUUUGGUUGGAUUUUAUGAAUCGAAGGGCCUCCUUUGCGGCGUAUUGCUU